GUUUUCCCCUCGCCAGCACUUUAGAUUUGGCACUGUCUUACUCUAUUUCUCACAGGACCAUUGUGCACUUUGACCCAGAGGAUAUCCUGUGCCUGCUCAGCAGUUGGAGCGUGAGCGCACCAAAGCCAACACAAGACAGAAGAUCUUUACAAGCUUUAUGCACUUUUUAAUCGAGAUAAAAGUAGAUCUAAGCAUUCUACAGAGCAGACACAAGGCAGACUGGAAACAUUAACUCACAGGCUUGAUAAUGAUGGAAGAAGUGAAGGACGUUUCACCUACUCUGAGUGUCCAUGGUCAUAACAUUAAGGUUACAGAGGCACUGAAAGACGGGGACACACUUACUUUCCUACUUGUGUCUCAAAAGGUGUCUGGGACAGGAGAGUACCAUGUGGCUCGGACCUAUGAUGAUUUUGAAUGGCUCCAGCAGCACCUGUUCUCUCAGGAGGAUGUGCCCGGGAUCCAGGGAGUCAUAUUUCCUCCUCUUCCUGCAAAGGCUCAGGUGAAUGCAUCUGCAAAAGUCGUGAAACAGCUUGGUUUUCUUGCUCUGGAAGAGUGGCAGCCGUACUGUAAAGCGCUGGAAGCCUUCCUCCGGCAGAUUGCUGCACACAGCAUACUCAGCAAAAAUAAAGCAGUGGAGAUCUUCCUGACCAGCUCAGACCCUCCAGGCAGACAGAGAAUAAAGAAAAACAUUUUCAACCGGCUGAGCCAAGCUGUGGAAGGGAUGAGGAAAGAAGGCCAUAAGGACGUGGAUGAGUUCUUUCAAACUGAACGUGAUCAUAACCUUCUUCUAACCGGCUGUACCAAAACUGCAGCUGAGAAAUUCCUGGAUGUGGUGCUAACUGAGCAAAAAAUAGCAGUGGCCUGUGGACACUUCUCAGCUGCUUUGCAUCUCUGCGUUGAACCUGGGGAGGAUCCUGACAAACAGGCUUUCUCUAAGGCUUGUGUGAAACUAUCCGAAGUCUUCGAUUCUAUGAAGAAAAAUAUGACAAGCGUCGCUGAGAACAACUUGAACACUCUUGGGCUAGGCCUGGACUUGGAGUCACGCUACCAGGAGGCAGAAAAGGAAAUGCUCUUCAGGAGAACCUGUAAACUAGUGGAGUUAGAGGCUGCGAGGAAGAACGCAGAGAAGGCCAAACCUGUAAAGAAGGCUGCUAUGGAGGAGGUGAAGAAAGCAGCAGAGACAGAGUUUGAACACAUUUGUGGAGUUGCUAAACAGGAGAUCGCGCACUUCCAUGGCGUGCGUGUGGAGAUGUUGCGGCAGUCUCUGGUUGAGUGGUGUGAAAAGCAGCUUCUUACGGCCAAAGAAAACGCCGACCAGUUCAACCAGCACCUGCAAGCCUUUAGGGGUCUGGCCUAGUGACCCCUCGAUUUAAUGAAGCAUCCUCAGUAUGUCUAUACAUAGCAUGGGAUAACCCAAACAUGUCCUUAACCCUGUUGUGCUGUGGUCAGAUGCUUUAUUGGAGUCGGUUUCAUCCAGUGUAAAUAAAGAAAUGUAAGUAAUUGAGGCGUUCUUGAUAAUCAAACACUAUCCCUAUAAUUUGUACACACUCCUUUAGUCUCCCCUCAAUCACACUCAACCCAGAAAUGAUGGUUUUGAUUUUGCAGCAGUGGAAAUGUUCUUUUUUCUUCCAUUGUGUGGGUGCGUGAGCAUGUAUGUUCCAUACCACGCUCGUACAUUUGUGCUGAGAGAGUAUUGUGCUGCUCUCUAGCUACUACAUCAAGCUGGGGUCACACAAAAUAAAGUGUGAUGAAUUGAUUCCCAAA